AUGGAGCAGCUAUCAGAUGAGGAACUUGACCAUGGGGCAGAGGAAGACAGCGAUAAGGAAGACCAGGACCUGGACAAGAUGUUUGGAGCCUGGCUGGGAGAACUGGACAAACUUACACAGUUCCGUCCCCCGUACGUCCCGACGUCGCAGGGAACGGAACCCGGAAGACAGAUGCCGGCAUCGGCCGGAGGACAUUUCCAGGGACACUGCAGGAGGGACAUCGAGGGAGCGAAGGACAAUAGCUUGGAUACAGAGAAGCCAGAAGAACCAGUUAAAAGAUCCCCACUGCGCCAAGAGACUAAUCUUGCAAAUUUUUCAUACCGGUUCUCUAUGUACAACCUAAAUGAAGCUCUAAAUCAGGGGGAUUCCGUGGAUUUAGAUGCUCUCAUGGCUGAUCUCUGCUCUAUUGAGCAGGAACUUAGUAGCAUUGGGUCACAGUCCUCCAAGAAUACCCUAAAAUCUCAUGAACGUAAAGCUUCCCAGAAGCCACCUGCUGGUCGUACAAGCACCAAACAGAGCAGCUUACGGGGAUUGCCUUCCUCAUCUGGAAAAAUAUCCAAGCCCUCUCAUGCCAACUACUCCUUGGAUGACAUCACUGCUCAGUUGGAACAAGCCUCUUUAAGCAUGGAUGAGGCAGCACGGCAAACAGUUGUGGAAGAUACUAAACCAGUUGUAACCAUUCAUCACAGGCGAACAGCUUCGGCAGGCACAGUCAGCGAUAGUGAUCUUCGUUCUGUUAGCAAUUCUUCCCGUUCUAGCAUCACCUCAGCAGCCUCCAGCAUGGAUUCUCUGGAUAUUGACAAAAUGACUAGACCUCAAGAACUAGACCUGGUACAACAAAGCCAGCCAAUUUCUGAGCAUUCCUAUCUGGACAGGGAGACCUCCCUUCUGCUCAGAAACAUUGCAGGAAAGCCCUCUCACUUGCUGACUAAGGAGGAACAAGCUGCCAAAAUUAAGGCAGAGAAGAUUCGAAUAGCUCUCGAAAAAAUAAAAGAAGCUCAAGUGAAAAAGCUGGUAAUCAGAGUGCACAUGUCAGAUGACAGCUCAAAGACAAUGAUGGUGGAUGAGAGGCAAACGUACGGCAGGUGCUGGACAAUUUGAUGGAUAAAUCCCACUGUGGAUACAGCCUGGAUUGGUCACUGGUGGAAACCAUUUCUGAGCUGCAGAUGGAGCGUAUUUUUGAAGACCAUGAAAAUCUAGUUGAGAACUUGUUGAACUGGACCCGGGAUAGCCAAAACAAGCUGAUGUUUGUGGAACGCAUUGAGAAAUACGCAUUGUUCAAAAAUCCACAAAACUACCUUUUAGGAAGGAGAGAAACCUCCGAAAUGGCAGACCGAAAUAAGGAAGUCUUGCUAGAGGAAUGCUUCUGUGGUAGUUCAGUAUCUGUCCCAGAAAUUGAAGGGGUCCUUUGGUUAAAGGAUGAUGGAAAAAAAUCCUGGAAAAAGCGCUAUUUCCUACUUCGAGCAUCUGGUAUCUACUAUGUACCUAAAGGAAAGGCGAAGGCAUCUAGAGACCUUGUCUGUUUUCUUCAACUGGAUCAUGUUAAUGUUUACUAUGGUCAGGAGUAUCGCAGCAAAUACAAGGCACCCACUGACUACUGCCUGGUGUUAAAGCAUCCUCAAAUUCAGAAAAAGUCCCAGUAUAUCAAGUAUCUGUGCUGUGAUGAUGUCCGAACUUUACACCAGUGGGUUAACGGAAUACGCAUAGCAAAGUAUGGGAAGCAGCUCUACAUUAAUUAUCAAGAGGCUUUGAAGAGGACAGAGGCAGCUUAUGAUUGGACAUCCCUAUCUAGUUCCAGCAUGAAAUCUGGAUCCAGCUCUUCCAGUUUACCAGACAGCGGACUUUCUGACUCCCUCGCCUCCUGCCACGUCCGUUCCCAGAGUAUUGUGAGCUCCAUCUUCUCGGAAGCCUGGAAGAGAGGGACCCAGCUGGAGGAGUCCAGCAAGGCUCGGAUUGAGACUCUAAAUCGACCCCUAACAUCACUGACUCCACAAUCGCACAUCCAGAUUAAAGCCAUUUCUCCUCAAGCUGCAUCUCAGCCAUCACCACUGGCACCACCUCCGCCUCCACCCCCUCCACCUCCACCGCCGCCUCCACCCCCCCCUCCCCCACUUCCCA